AUGGAGCUGCCACUGAGUCAACCUUACUUCUCAGGGGCAUUACUGUUGCUGGUGGUCUCAAAUGUGCUGCUUUGGGACAAAGCUGCAUCAAUUCCUGCGUGUCAGGCAAAAGAGGGCGGCUGCUGGGACCCACUUGUGGAAACAUUUAACAGUGCCAUUCAGAAAGCUGAAACUCUCCAAAAACUGGCUAGCCAAUUCUAUAUAGAGCUUUACCACAACCAAUUCUCAUCUGGACAAUUUGCAGAUUUUAAUUCACAACUGAUUCGGCGGGAUAAGACUGUUGUCAGAGCUGGAACUUACUGCCAUUCUACUCUCACAAACCCCCCAAAUAGGGGAACUGAGCAUGCAGAUAUUGAAGUGAGUUUCCUUCAAGGGCUUUCCCCAGAAUUCCAGAAGCAGUAUAUUGGGUUCGUG